UUGCUACAAAAACAGCAAGCGGACCCGACGCAGUUCAUUCAAGUACAUGGCAGACGUUGUAAGAUACAUCUUGACCCAGCCACAGCUGCCGCCGGCGACGGAGCCGCCAUCAUUGUUCCUUGGCAAGGGCAACAGGAUAAUCUCAUCGAUCGUUUUGACGUGCGUGCACAUCUGGACUAUAUUCCACCAAUACCAAAAGCAAGCGAGACUGAGAGUUCAGAACUUUCUCAAGAUGAGCGUCAGUGCAAUUAUGAACGAUACCGAAUUUUAGCUCAAAACGAUUUUCUGAACGUAACAGAAGACAAAUUUCUCCACCAACUUUACUUGGAAGAGCAGUUUGGAGCGAGUGCUCAGCUUGAGGCUAGUGAACGUAAUUCGAGCAAAAAGAAACAAUCUAAGAGCGGUGCGACUAUCGGUUACAUUUAUGAAGAAGGUCAACCCUCAACAGCAGCUGGCAGUCACGUUUUUCAGUCUUCGACUUUAGAGAAAUCAUCAGGGAAGUCGGAAAAAGGUUCCGAUUCGGAGUCGGAUUCUGAUAUGGAUGUGGAUGUUUCGAUUGAUAUCUCUAAAUUGGACACUUCACAAGCGCAUGAGCUGAACGGUUGUGGUCGUAAUUAUGGGAUGGUGAGCAAUGACUUUUAUUCCUAUCUUACAAAAGACGCAGAUGAAGCUGAGGCAUUACGGAUUGCACGUGAGGAAGAGCAAGAAAAAAUGCUGCUAAGCGGAAGAAAGUCUCGCCGUGAGAGGAGAGCACAGAAAGAGCGUCGCAUAGCAUGUCGCCCUUUUAGUCCUCCCAGUUAUGCAGCAAAGGAGGAUGUCGCUGGCAAAAAAGAUAAGGAAGACGAAAGUGAUUCCCAUUCACCAUCCCCGGACCCAAAUGCGGGAAAAAUUACGUACAUAACUUCUUUUGGUGGAGAAGAUGAACUACAGCCACAUUCUAAAAUUUCCAUUAAUAUUGGACGUACACCACAGACAUUAGGCGAAUCUUGCGCUGGUGUGUCAGCAGCAGCUAGCGCUCUAGAUAGUCAGGCUACAUAUGCACAAAAAGUUAAGGAGAAUUUGGAGAAGCUGAAACAAUUGAAUGAAGGCGCGAAACGUUCAACAACUACAGGAAAACCC